AUGGUGGUCCAAAAUUGUUGGGAGGGCGGGGGGAGAGGGAGAGAAGUGGUUCUGGAGCAAUGUCCAAAGGAUCCUGGGGAACGGGAGCGAGGUAGUGUUGAGGGGGCCGGGAAAAGGACGGAGGUUGGGUGGGUGUGGGACCUUAAGUGGCGAAGGGAUUUGAGGGAGAGGGAGAAGGAGAUGGAGGCGAACUUGAUGGCUGUCAUUGGUGUUUGUUCUCCUUGCCCAAACAAACAGGACGGCUGGAAUUGGAAGAGUACAGCGGGCGGAAUCUUUUCGACUAAAGCGGCAUACUCGGAGUGUGCUAAGGCUGAAGGAGAUCACACGGGGGAAUUCCAAGAAGUUAAGGCUCAAUUGUGGGCGGCCCCGGCCCCGCACAAAGCUAGGGUGACAGCUUGGAGAAGCAUUUGCAACAGGCUGCCAACCUGUGAUAAUUUGAUCAAAAGGAAUGUCAUGAUUCCAGUGGAAGAGCAGUGGUGCAACGCGUGUGUUUUGAGAGAGGAAACGGUGGACCACUCUCUUCUUCAUUGCCCCAAAGUCGACUGUGUUUGGGAUCAAAUUCACCAAUGGAUUGGAAUCGAAACGGUGAAGCCACAGAGAGUCGAAGAGCAUUUCAAAUCAUUCAUUGGAGGGGGAAGAGGUAAGAGAAAUAGGAAUUUCCUUAAAGCUCUGUGGAUUGGAACUGUUUGGGCGGUCUGGAAAUAUCGGAAUGAGAGCAGGUUCGAGAACAAGACUUGGGAGGCGUCAAAUCUCGUCAAAGAUAUCAAAGGGAGGCUUUGGAGUUGGAACAAAAUUUUCCAUAUUGUAGAGUCCAACGUUUCUUUUUCCUUGUGGUGCUCUAAAGAGUACUCACCCCUUGUGUGA